CUCGCCACGCACACCGCCCAGCCGUGUGCUGAACCAGCCGUGUGCUGAACCAGCGGGGAACUCGCAGAGGAUUGGAAGCGGCUUGGUGCUUCUGAGUUUUGACGCGCGAGCCGCCGACGCGAACCGGACGGCCCUCCAGGUUCCAGCAAGCGUCCUACCCCACAUUGAUCGGACUACACCUAGGUAUACCGUAUAGGCACGGUAGACAACAACAAUAACAAGAAGUCACACUGCGAGGCCUCUAUCCAGGUCGGCGGACUUGACCGCCACGCCCAGCGUCGGUGGCCCAGCAGAGGACGGGCUGCAAAGAUCCGUUGUGCGUGAGACCAAUCCCGCGCUUACACGUAGCAGAGUGCAGCUGUGGCACAUUUGCCAGAAUUGUCGGCCUUGCCGCAACUGGACGCUCCCGUGGCGCAGUGCAGCGCUCGCGGAACUACCGCUGCACAUCUGAUCUGACCGCAUUUGCCUGUGUGCUCUUCUAGAAGAACCACCGUCAGGUACGGUGGCUAGGCCGUGGCGCCUACAUACCUACAUACCUACCUACUUACUUACUUCUGCAUCUGCUCUCGCUGCCCUCAACUCUACGCCGUUUGAAGCGCUGGCGCCGACAAACUCGAUUGCCUCAAGUUGGACCAUCAUUUCGGCCUCAUGCAACAAUACGGGACGACGAUUAACGAACGAUCACGACUAAUAACACAUGCGAAGUCCCCUCAUGAGUCGUGUCAUAGGUCAGAAGCGUGUUGUAUAAUAGCCUGCGCACGUCGAUGCCCUUGCGACCUACACUUCCCGGACAAUGUCAUUGUCAAGAGUACUGUCAAAAGAAUUGACCAGAGAGCCUUCACGACAACAUCACAGCAGCAUUCCCACAAAGUCUACUACCGAAUCGGGUCGGCCAACCCAUGGAACUCAGCAUGUGGCGAAGCCGGCGAAGAAAACCAGCAGGAGUGGGGCUCAGGUGGCCUGCAAGAAUACAAGCAGAGCUCGAACGCCAGCAUCGGAGUCGUCAGACCGGAAUGGACUGGAGACGCAUAGAUCUGUGACACCAGCACCUCCAAGUCAACGAACUCCAUCACUCGUGUCUGGAUCAUCAGCGUCAACAUUCGACAGCCCACGAUCGAACGCUUUGCGCCGCAAGAAGUCUGGCGCAAUUGGCAAGUACGCUGUUCAGAAACGCUUGGAGACAGAGAACUUGGAGUAUUCCAUGCCGACUGCGCAUCCGCUUGAUGUCCUCGACCGACGCGAUGUCGACGACUCCAUUUUUGGCAUCUUUCCACCCUCCACAUCACAGCAAGCCUUUGGCACGCAUGCGCAUGAGUCUUCCCAACACAGAAACUUCCCAGGAGAACAUACGACCUCGGUUCUGGCUCAGGGUCCAUCAAGCACUCCUUCCACUACAUACACGGACUCACCGUUCAGUCAUGUUCCCACCCCGAGCUCAGCAUCGUCGUACUCUUCAGCAUUCGCCGCUGUGGCAGGCGCGACUCGUUCGCCGCAGUUGCACUGCUCCAAUCAGAGUGGCUUGUACUUGCGUCACCAAGAGCAGUCAGACGAAGGGACACGAUCAUCGCCACAAGCGGUACGGGAGUCGUCCACCUCUUCAUCAUCAACCCUUCGUACGUCAGGGCACGCGGAGUCUAUAUCCACACAGCGAUCGAAAGGCUACAGCUCAUCACAAACCAGCGUCAAUCCUGCUAAAGCUGCACCGCGGAAUAAAUUGACCAAGGAACCAUCAACAUCCUCGAGUCGCAAACGCACGAUCCAGAUACCGCCCGAAUUGGCUCACUUGAAUGUGGACUUGCCAAAGGUGCCUACAAGGCCCAGUCGCGAUGGCAUUUCUAACAUCUCGGACAUGACUGGUCCGUCGGCCGUUGUGCAAAGCGAUCUGCCACGGCUUUAUACUACUUACCACAAACGCACGUCGUCUGUUUCUGUUGAGACUCAUGGCUCCGAUGGCUCACCUAAAGUCACGAAACGUUUCGGCUUCCCAUCCAGGUCAUCUUCGCGUCAUGCGUCGCCGCGUGUCGACUCUGUAACAUCGCCACUACCCACGGCAGUGCGGUCCAACACCAGAAGCUCAUCGGAGUCCAUCGCCGCGCAAGCCCACAACACCUCGCAAGUACAGCGUGAAGAUUCACCAGCUGUAGAGUCUGUAUGUUCACCAUCGAAAUCGUCGCGUUGUGCAUUCUUUUCGCGAAGGCCGAAGCAUGGCACGAAGGAGAUGAAGAAGCUGACCAAAAAACCGGAACGAACACCUGCCAAAGGCCCUGUUGCGGGGACCGGGCAUGAAGGCUAUGGUAGAUUUGGAAUACGAGGCCGAACAGCUAGUAACACGAGCAGCAUAAGCUCGCGCUCGCCGAGCAGCGACAGCUCAAUCAGUGUCGGCAUUUCUCCAACCACCAUGGGCAGAGCUCAGGGGAAGGGCAAGCAUGCAGUCGAGCUUGAUGACUUUCUCAAGACGCGCCUAGCUCCGGUAGUCUUGCGUGGCAAUGGAAUCAAAUCGGGUCAGGCCGACUCGAUGUCUGACGUUCCAGGUGUGAGUCGAGAACCGAUCUCGUCAAAGAAUUUGUCGCCCUGCCUGCUUCCAUCUGCCAUGGAAACAUCCGAGCAACACUGCGCUAGGGGUGGGCCAUCUUUCGGGCGGCGCAACACUUUCGAGAGCUCGGAUGAUGAUUAUGAUGAUGAUGUCCAGACACAGAUACCCAGUCGUCCUUCGCGAUGGGCACCAACAAAUUUCUCGCAAGAGAGCUUGAGGUCAGACACAGAUGAUGUGCUGCCUGUACAGCUGAAGAGCGAGAAUCAAUACCCGAGUAUACGCCCUUCACAUCGCAAAGAGAGUACUUCGCCUGCAGUGCCAAACACCAUCCGGCAUGAAGAGCAAGUAUAUCUUCAGCCUCUGCGAGGCAGUCUGUCCCCCACAUCAAGCGGCAAGCGGAACUUUCUCCAACGAGUCACCGCAUCGCCUCGAACGCAAGGCAAAGAUGGGGGAGACCUACAGUCCAGAGCUGUCGCCAAAAAGGGCUCGCCAAUGCCAAUCGGUCACUACGCAAUUGCGGCUGAUGUAGAGCCGGUCGACCUUGCAGAAGUUGAAAGCCUAGUUCACGAUGUAAGCACCACACCACCAGUGCACGAGGCAAUGAGUGCGGCCAAUUGUCGCACACUUGAUCCGCCAUGCCGAUCAGUCAGCACGCGGGAGCAACACAGCAACGACUCUCCCAGGCGGUUAAGACUUUCUCCUGUCGGCCGCAUCCCUCCAGUGGUAUCGAAACGGGAUAGAGAUCGAAAGCUCUCGGAACAUUCCUUCUCGCGGCCAUUCGUGCGGAGCCAGCCACGGCCCACUGUGAAGCCACCAGGGUCUGUGUACACCCAGAUUCGCGACAUGGCGAGUGCAGUCGAAGGGGGUGGAUGUCAUGAGGUGUCGAGUUCUGAUACUUGGCUCGACUCAAAUGCGCCAGGCCCUCAAAAUGCCGUCGUGCAUACAAGCAGAGAAGCAGGGAUCCUCCGCAUGAACGAUGAACGAGGGGGAACACAGUCUGACGAAUUCAUCACUUUCCCCGAUCGCAAGGACUCUCAGCAGGAUGACAUCUGGAACGAAUACGACGAGUUCAUGGACGCGGUGGCCCGGCCUCUCGACGCGCCACAUUCCCCGUAUGUCGACCUGUUGUACGAUGGGCAAAGAUCGCAAUACAUGCCUCCGCCGCCCACCGGUCUGCCACCCAAGACUGAGCUACCCGCACCGCCUGGUUCCGUGUCUCAGCAAGUCUCCCGGUUCCUGAGGCCUUCCUUGUCUCCCAUGACGCCAGAUACAAUAUCCGCCUGGAUCAGUGGCUACGAAAACCGCAGCACGGGCACGUCAAUGAAUGGUGCCAGUCUAUUUGAGCUGCAACGGGAUAGUGCGUCUUGGCAGCGUCGUUCCAGUCUAGCAAGUUUCCGGGACGGCAGAGGUUCUCAACACUCGCGAUCGGCCUCUUCACCCGAUGCAUCAGCACCCGCGCAAGACGCCCAAGGAGAGAGGUAUCCUGACGAUGAUGGUCAUGAGACCUACCUCGCCCACAUGGCCCCAGAUCGCGUUCACGGAAGGAAGCUAUCAAACAGGAUGCGCCAUGCAGCACUGAUGACAAGCAAAUGGCUCAGCUUCGGCCGGGUUCUAUUCAGUCCUGCUAACAAUGAGUUGCGCUUCACCAGCGAAGCUCGUGUGCUCGUCAUCGACGGACUCAGCAGCGACUGGUCUUAUUACAUUGCGAGGACCUAUCAAGCCGCGGAAGUUUAUGAUAUGAGCAUCGGCCCUCGACGGGUGUCAGUACUCGCAUCGGGUGAGGCCGAUGAACCACGGAAUUAUCGCCGGAUCCCCAUCACAAGCAUGUCCACGGCAUUUCCGUUCCCCAGAGGGUUCUUCAAUGCUGUUGUGCUCCGCUUUCCACUCGCUACCACCGAAGAGUCAUAUUUCCACUGCGUGUCAGAAUGCAAACGCGUGCUUCGUCCGGGUGGUCAUCUGGAAGUAGCUGUGCUCGAUCUGGAUCUUGUGAACAUGGGAAGCCGCACACGCAAGGCGGUCAAGGGUCUCAAGACACGAAUGCAGAUUCACGACCCGUCCAUCUGCCUGGGCAACCUCAGUGACGUUUUGAUGCGGAUGGUCGGCCAGAAUGGAUUCGAAGGCGUUCGGCGUUGUGUGGUCGGUGUACCAGCAGCUGGACGAAUGCGAUCGCAAGACCUGAGCAGCUCCGAUUCGGAUCCCUUGGUGGGACCACGAGGGCAGAAUGAGUCUGUGCCGGUGUCACGUAAGGCAGUCGAUCUCUUGAGUCCAUUGAAUGGGAAUCCAGAUGGAUUGGGUGACUUUGGUAACGAAAGCGACGAGGGUAUCACCACCAUGAUUGCCAAGGUUGGUCGGUGGUGGUACUCGAGCUGCUACGAAACCGCUUUGCCUCCGAGUGACCACAGCAUAUGGAGAGAACGAGGGCUUCUGCACGAGUGCGAAGUGCAACGCACCAGCUUUCGUCUGCUCAUCUGCUGCGCGCAAAAGCCCAGACAGAUACGGAGGAGGACGGUGAGUGUCUGAAUGGCAGGCCCAGAGGCACGCUCAUCACGAGGGCUGGGCCUCAUGAGCCUUUUUUGUUCGAGUUGAUGGUAUGGUUCCGUUUUGCGAGCGUUCCAAGCGAGCGAUGAUAUCGAUUCUUCCACAUUUGGUUUCUGCCGUGUGAGCACUGUCCUCCAUGGACGACUGCAUAGCAUCCAUCGCAACAGCCCUGCAGGGACUGAUACACAGACGCAGGAAGCCUCGCGGCUGAUUGAGAAUGCAACGACAUUCAACGAGAUGUAGUUAUUAUAGUAGCAUACGGUGGUAGGAGGUAAGGUAGGAGAUAAAGCCAUAAUGCCGCAUACCUGACUCGACCGAAAGUGCUUAGUCCAUUCCAUGACUCAAGCAAGCUUGCAUUGGGAUUGGUGAGCGGGAACGGUAUCAAGUAUGUCUCACACUCGUCUCCUACAAGGCUAGGAGCUAAGGCACCUUUUAUGUAUGGCACUUGUACUUUUUUCCGAUGCUUGGCGUUCCUGCGCUGCAGCAACACUUACCACUUGUGUAGC